CUGUCUCUUCCGUGUUAUUCGACAUUUGCUGCAGUCAUCGCGCAAUCAACAGUUAAUGUGCGAAGCUGGGAUGCCUCGCGAUUUGCUCUCGCUAAUGUCUUACGCCCUUGCCAACGAGGCGCACCCCUUUUUUGUCCCACUCCGCAGCAUUUUUGAGCGACUCGGCAGUCAGGCAUUGACGCCGCGUGAUCUCCGGUUAGUAUUCUCCGAAGCUAUAUGUGCAAAGAUUUACUUUGAUUCGGCUUUCUGGCAAGCUCAUAUGCACAUACAAGUUUACACAGUUGCACACUUUCCGAUUCUACCACUAAUGCAUUUAAGGGAAAAAUCCUUCGCAAAUGAAUUCAUAUUAUUCUUGGGAAUUGCACAAAUCAGGAUAGUUAGGUUUGGAAGCUAUUUAAAAAUAGUUUAUUCUAUACUUGUGGUUUCACCCAUUAGGCCUUGGUCCAUACCGUUCCAUAGAGAGCAUACUUCCGUUCGCUUUCACGUUUUUAACGUUUCCCUUUUUGAGAUAUUUUAG